AUGCAAAGAGACAAAGAUAACCCCCCCUCCUCCUACAAAUACUUCGCCCACAAAUGGGUUCGCUCCCAAACCACACGCAGAUACAUCUCACCAUAUAGCACACGCGCUCACCCCGCUUUCCGCCGGUAUAAAUCCAUGGACGAGCCAUCUUCUCCGGUUGUUCCGAGUUCUUCGUCACCCUUGCAAAAUAAUAAUAAUCCUCGGACAAGAGCGUAUCUCUCAUCGCUCAUCCCGAAUCCGCAUCCGUACGUUUCGCCUUAUAGGCAAGCGACUAUGGCUUCUUCCACUCCAUCUCGGAAUCGAGGGACGAAACGCGCGCGCAAGAAUGGUGCUGGCAAAGGCAAUAAAGUUGCCGUUGUUCCUGCACCGAUUACACAACCUUCUCCUCAACCUCAACCACCUCAACCAUCCCAAGAUCCCCGCUACUCACUAACCUACAUUCUCAACACCCCCACGCCACCCAUCCACCCCAGUACCCGCACCCACACCCUCCCAGCCCUCCCCUCCAAAAUCCGCCAUCUAAUCUGGACCUACGCGCGCUCCCGCACAAUCCUUAUCACCAUCUCCAACGGCCGCAUCUUCAGUCGCUCACCCAGCCCCAUCACCUUCCGCAUCAAUCAGGAAUCGCGUUCCGCGACACUCCAUCACUAUUCUGUCCAUCCACAUUUCUAUAUCCCUGGUACGCCAUACCAAAAUCAGAAUGAAAGUGAGAAGAUCCACUAUCCGUUUUUCGAUCCUAGUGUCGAUAGCGUGGUAUUAAAUCAGAUUUCCACCGAUCACCAUCCCACUCUCCCUUUCACCAGUACCAUUUUUGAAUUCUACGACUCGGAUACGCAGCAGACUAUUUUUGGAAAGCGAAAGUCGGUGGAUUAUACACAUUUUGAUAUUCUGCAUUCAUUACAUAUUCCCUCGCGAGCAUGGGAUUGGAAACGCAUUUACCGAGCGCCAAGAAUGGAUAUUCGAUUUCGAAAUCUGACGGAGAUUGUUUUGGAGGGGGGAGCGAUGGGGUUGAAGACGAGGAGAGAUGUGAAGAAGUGUAAGGAGUUUAUUCGAGGAUGUUUUGAGAGGAGCGUGGAGGAGAUUGAUGGGGAAGAGGAAAUUGACGACGAUGCGGAGAGGAUGGAUGCGAGUUCUGGGAUAGUGGGAAAUGCGAGGACGGCGGAGAUGGAGAUCAGAGUUCCGGAGGUGAGAGUCAUUAUGCCUAAUGGAUUAGAUCAUGAAUGGAUGUUUGAGGAAGAUAAACUGGGAAUGGAAUCGAUUGAGGAGAGGACAUGGGUGAUGAAUUUUAUUAGCAAGGUUAAAGCGAGUCGUUGA